AUGCGUGGGCAGCAGAUCUACCAGGACGAAUGCAUCGGCCCUUUUGGCAACGGCAACGAGAACGAGAACGGGAAAGCUCUGCACGACCUGCUGCUGGACCACGACAUGGGUGCCGUCAACACCCACCGCAAGGACAUGGACGUGAGCCCUUUCUUCGUGAUCUCCGUGAGAAGCUUGAGCAGUACCAAGUCCAGUUUCAAGAG